AUGGGAUCGACGUGGGUAUUUUACUGGAUAAUUUCAUUCGUUAAGUUCAAUCACAAUUCUACAUUCAACGUUUAACCUUUACCGCGGUGUUAUUAGCAUCAUUAUGGCAAAAAUAAAUUAUUACUUUAUUUUGUUAUCUAUCUGUGUUGCAUGUACAUUUGAAAUUGAUACAUCUAUACUCAAAAAGGAUUACAUAAUUAUAUAUCAACAGGAUUUUGAGACGGGCGUUUGCAAGUUUGUAAAAGAAGAUGGUAAAAAUCCGUUAGAUGAAAAAUUAGAUUUGGCGUUCUAUUUAAAACCACAGGAACCUUGCUACGUUUAUAUAUCCAAUAACAUUACGAAAAUGGGAAUAACCGGCGAAAAUGUAUACAACUACAAAUACACUUUUGAGGCAGCUGAACUGAUAUUUGGAACAUUAUUUCGCCAAGGAGGAAUUCCUCCAUCCAAAUAAUGUAUACAUUAAUUGUAUUUCAUCGAUUUCGAGAUCAUUAUGAUUAUAUUUUUAUGUUACUAUAUUCAUGUUUUUUGUUUUUUGUUUUUAAAAACUAAGAUGUAUCCAGUUCUCAAAACUUUUUCUGAAAAGUAGGAAUAAAACCAGCAAUAAUAGUACAAUCAUAAUUAUUGUAGUAAUAAUAAUAUAUAUUAUUUGAAUUUUCAAUUCGAAAUAGAACGUAUUAUUAUUUCGACAAUAUUGCGAUUAUAAUUGUAUGAUUUCUAAUAAAAUAAAAUUAUGUAAUGGUAUCCGUUAUUAUCAAAUAAAUCAACUGUCGGUAA